CUGUUCGUGUUGCGGCUAAGGGGGAGGGGCGGGGACCGCGCGUUUGGGAGCCACGAUCCGGGCUCGGGUCCUUCGUUUGUCCGGGAUCUUCCCCGUGCGGUCGGGAUCUUCGGGGAGGCUGCGGCGAGAGCGGGGGCCCGCCGGGUUCCGAGCCCUCCGCGGCGUCGGGCCCUUGUCCCGUCUCCGGGGAUCUAGACUGAGCCGGGCAGGCAGCUCGGGCGAGGGGCGCGGAGGAGCCGGGACCCAGCCUGCGGGCGGGGCGGAACCGCCGCUGCUGCUGCCAGGGAGGCGGGGGGGCCCGGGCCGCUCUGGAUGGUGGCGAAAAUGAUCAUAGAAAACUUCGAGGCGCUGAAAUCCUGGCUCAGCAAAACCUUGGAGCCCAUAUGUGAUGCAGAUCCCUCAGCCCUAGCUAAAUAUGUUCUUGCCUUGGUAAAGAAGGAUAAAAGUGAGAAAGAGCUGAAGGCAUUGUGUGUUGAUCAGCUGGAUGUAUUUCUUCAAAAGGAGACCCAGAUAUUUGUUGAAAAACUUUUUGAUGCUGUGAAUACGAAGAGCUAUCUACCUCCGCCAGAGCAGCCCUCAUCAGGAAGCCUAAAAGUUGACUUUUUUCAACACCAAGAAAAGGACUUAAAAAAGGAAGAGAUAAUUAAAGAGGAAGAGCGAGAAAAAAAGUUUUCUAGAAGACUAAAUCACAGCCCUCCUCAGUCAAGCUCUCGGUACCGAGAAACUAGAAGCCGUGAGGAAAGAAAAAAAGAUGAACGUUCUCGCAAGAGAGAUUAUGACCGUAACCCCCCUAGACGGGAUUCAUAUAGAGACAGGUACAAUAGAAGAAGAGGGCGGAGUCGGAGCUACAGUAGGAGUCGAAGCAGAAGUUGGAGUAAGGAACGAUUGCGGGACCGGGAUAGAGACAGGAGCAGGAGCAGAAGUAGAAGCAGAACACGAAGCAGAGAAAGAGAUUUGGGAAAGCCAAAAUACGAUUUGGAUAGAACAGAUCCAUUAGAAAACAAUUAUACUCCAGUUCCAUCUGUAACAAACAUUUCAUCUGGCCAUUACCCUGUCCCUACACUGAGUAGCACUAUUACAGUUAUUGCUCCUACUCAUCAUGGUAAUAACACUACUGAAAGUUGGUCAGAGUUCCAUGAAGAACAGUUGGACCACAACUCAUAUGGAAGACCUCCACUGCCAAAGAAACGCUGCAGAGAUUAUGAUGAAAAGGGUUUCUGUAUGAGAGGAGACAUGUGUCCCUUUGAUCAUGGAAGUGACCCAGUAGUUGUAGAAGAUGUGAAUCUUCCUGGAAUCCUGCCUUUUCCAGCACAGCCCCCUGUUGUUGAAGGACCACCUCCGCCUGGACUUCCUCCCCCACCACCAAUUUUAAGUCCUCCACCUGUUAAUCUUAGACCGCCAGUGCCACCUCCAGGCCCUUUACCACCUAGUCUUCCACCUGUUACAGGACCACCUCCUCCACUUCCACCUUUACAACCUGCUGGCAUGGAUGCUCCUCCAAACUCAGCAACCAGUUCCGUUCCUACUGUUGUUACAACUGGUAUUCAUCACCAGCCACCUCCUGCUCCACCCUCUCUCUUUGCAACAGAAACAUAUGACACAGAUGCCUAUAAUCCUGAAGCUCCAAGUAUAACGAAUACUUCAAGGCCCAUGUACAGGCACCGAGUGCAUGCCCAAAGGCCUAAUUUGAUAGGACUUACAUCAGGUGAUAUGGAUCUGCCCCCCAGAGAAAAACCUCAGAAUAAAAACAGUAUGAGGAUUGUGGUGGAUUCUGAGUCCAGGAAAAGAUCAAUUGGUGCAGGAGAUGGAGGAAUUCCUACAAAGAAGGCUUGGUUUGACAAGCAAAACUUUAACAGAACAAACAAUCCAGGUUUCCAGAAGAAGGUGCAGUUUGGAAAUGAGAAUACAAAGCUUGAAUUGAGGAAAGUUCCUCCAGAACUUAAUAAUAUCAGCAAACUUAACGAGCACUUCUGCAAAUUUGGAAACUUAGUCAACUUGCAGGUUGCCUAUCAUGGUGAUCCAGAAGGUGCCCUUAUCCAGUUUGCCACCCACGAAGAAGCAAAGAAAGCUAUAUCGAGCACAGAAGCAGUAUUAAAUAAUCGCUUUAUUAAAGUCUAUUGGCAUCGAGAAGGCAGUGCUCCACAAAUGUCAGCUACCAUGCAAAAGGUAAUACAGCCUUUAGUUCAGCAACCCAGUUUACCAGUAGUGAAGCAGUCGGUCAAAGAGCGAUUAGGUCCUGUACCUGCAAGUAAUAUUGAGCCCGCAGAGGCUCAGAGUGCCAGUACAGAAGUUGCUCAGAAUGUGACUAAAUUAUCUGUGAAAGAUAGACUGGGUUUUGUAUCAAAACUGCCUGCUCCAGCAACAGAGAAGGUAUUGUCCACGUCUACUGGCUUGACUAAAACUGUAUACAAUCCUGCUGCUUUGAAGGCAGCACAGAAAUCUUUGUCUGUUGUUUCCACUUCCAUUCUAGACUCUAAUGAAGCACAGAAGAAAAAACAGGAAGCACUAAGACUUCAACAAGAUGUGAGAAAGAAAAAACAGGAGAUCUUAGAAAAGCACAUUGAAACACAAAAGAUGCUGAUUUCAAAGUUGGAGAAGAAUAAACCCAUGAUGAAGUCAGAAGACAAAGCAGAAAUAAUGAAAACACUGGAGACUUUGACUAAUAGCAUUACCAAGUUAAAGGAUGAAUUAAAAGGUGUCUCAUCUGGAGGUGCUCCUCUAAAAAGCUUGAAAACUAAGGCUCAGAUGCAGAAAGAAUUACUGGAUACUGAGCUUGAUUUGUAUAAGAAGAUGCAGGCUGGGGAAGAAGUGGCUGAACUAAGAAGAAAGUACACAGAACUGCAACUUGAAGCUGCCAAACGAGGGAUUCUUUCUUCAGGUCGCGGUAGAGGAAUUAAUGCACGAGGUCGGGGUGCAUCACGUAGCAGAGGCAGAGGAAUACGAGGCCGGGGUCGCGGAAGAGGGGUUCCAGGUCAUGCAGUAGUGGAUCAUCGACCGAGGGCACUGGAGAUCUCUGCAUUCACAGAAAGUGAUAGAGAAGAUCUUCUUCCUCAUUUUGCGCAAUAUGGUGAAAUUGAAGAUUGCCAGAUAGACGACUCUUCUCUCCAUGCAGUGAUUACUUUUAAGACAAGAGCAGAAGCUGAAGCUGCUGCUGUUCACGGAUCUCGAUUCAAAGGACAGGAUUUGAAGUUGGCAUGGAAUAAGCCAGUUAUUAAUAUGUCUGCUGUUGAAACAGAAGAAGCUGAACCAGAUGAAGAGGAAUUUCAGGAAGAAUCCUUGGUGGAUGAUUCAUUGCUUCAAGAUGAUGAUGAAGAAGAAGAGGAUAAUGAGUCUCGUUCAUGGAGAAGAUGAUUCAACUGAUCAGAGAAAGUGCUGGAACUGUACCUACAUUGCAUUAGUAUUACCUAAUGUACUUUUGCUUGUUUGUACUAAAAAGUUUUUUGGUAAAUGUGAUGAAGUUGGAUUUCAGAAAUAGACUAAAAAGCAGCUGAUCAAUCCUGUAUUUUGCCAGAUUCAUGUUUGAGUUUCAGUAAAUGAUUGCUAAAGACAUCUUAUUAGGAACAUAUGCAAUGUUUUUAUUACAUACUUCUCCUGAAAGUUAGAGAAUUCUUUGGAUUCUUUGUAAUUUAAUGAAUUGGUCAAAAAAAAAAAGACCAAGAGUUGUUAUAACAUAGAUAAUUUUUGUUCUAUUCCAGAUAUGGAAUGAAAAUUUGCAUUUAAAAUCUUUGUGAAUGUUUUCAGAAAUGAAUAGAUAACAGUACUAAACUGAAGUCUCUAAAGUUAUGUAUUCAUAAUGUUGCAUAGUAGUAUGCUUAGGCUUUACUAUGUACUAGCCUUUUGUUGGAUUUGUGUACGUAUUUUACGUAUGGGUUUUAAUGAUACAGUGUAUGACUGCUUUGCAUAUAAGUCCUUAUGACUUUAAGAUGUUUAAAAAAAUAAAGAAAUGGAAUGGUCUUAAGAAAAAAGAAAAAAGAAAAAAAAGAAAAAAAGCAAUAACCAAAAAAGCUAAGACAAUGGUCCCUGAAAAUGGAAAAAAAUAAAAAAGGAAAGAAAAAAGACCAUUCCAAAUGGUGACCCCCCCCACCCCCAUACUCACAAAAGGAGCUAUAAUCACUGUCUUUUUUUUUUUUUUUUAACAUCAAUGUCAUAUUGAAUAUAUAAAAAACUGAUAACUUGAAAUGUGAAGUCUCAUUUUUAGGUGAUAUACAAUUGUAUUUUAGUAUAUGGUUUUGCUGCAUAAAAGCCUUAGAAACAUAUUUUAAAUUUUAAAACGGAUAACAUAAUUUAAAUCAAAACUGCUUCAAAUAGAAUAACAUUUAAUGAAUAAGAAGAGCAUUUGUAUGCAUAUACUGUGGACCUAUAGAAGAAAACUUGAUCCCACGAAGAUAUAUCCACUAAAGAAACAUAACAGAAGAAUAUAUUUAAGAAAAGUGAAUGGUAGGUAUUAUAGUCUUAAGAACUUUGAGCCUAUAUAUUAAUAUAUCUCCUUUGUCCUUGCAAAGAUUUUUUUUUUUUCAUUUUAAAACUACAUUUGGCAAAAUGAUCAGUUCAUACUAUCGUCUGUUCAUUUAGUUCUUAAAAUGUAUAAAUGUAGGAAAUGCUAAUCGAACUGUGAGCUUGCAGAAAUACUAAAUAUGCACUUUUUCACAGGGAACUAUGUUCUGCGUUGGCUUCCUAAGUUUGCGGUUCUUCCCUUCUUAGAAGGGAAAAAACACUAAGACUUAGCCCUGUAGAAAUAUGGAAACUCCUAUACCCAAAAGAAAGUGUUUCACAUCCCUUGAAGUAGCAUUCUGUCUCCUCCUUAGGUCUUUUGUAGGCAUAUCAGCUAUUGGGAGCCCGGUGUAUCCCUCAACCCACAAAUAAAUGUAAUAUAAAUCCAAUACACCUCUCAUCAGACAGGUGCAGAAGUGGUAGUUGGAUCUCAUAAUAUUUUUCAGUGUGCACUCUUCAUUUAUUUGGGAGCAAAUUACCGCCACCCCUUAAGACUUUGCUUGGAACAUCAUUACUCUGCUGACAGCCUUUUUAUUCAUAAGAUAAGAGAUGAAGGGAAAUGGAAGUAGCAUCAUCCCUGAGGUUAGAGUGUCCCUCAGCUUUCUAAAUCUGUGGUAUGAGGUUUUUUUUUUUGGUGUUUGUUCUGUAGACCUGAAUCCCAGUUCUUUUUCAGUUUAUGUAUGUGUGCUCUCUUUUUCUCUCUGUGUGCACACCUUGUUGCAAAAAUGUGCUCUAUUGUUUUUGUAUAGAGCUUAGUUUUAUAUUGAAGUUUCACAAUUUUCUGCUUGUAUGGUAACUUCUAAUGUUUAUCAUAGGGACUUGAACUGUUUAUUAGGGAAAUUGACCUUUUUACACUGAAUUUCAGGCAAAAUAAAUUAAUUUUAAAUCCUGUUUCUCCAGUGUUCUAAAUGAGCUAUUCUGGUUCAUUGAGUAAAUACAAACUUUUCAACUUCUUAUUUUUUAAUUAUUUAGUACUUCUGAAGGGUGCCAGACUGAAAUGUUGGAGACUGAAGUUUUGUGUUUUUCCACAUAUCAGGUACUGCAGAUGAGGUCUGUGCAUGCUCCCUAGAUUGAGUAGUUUGUUCUAUGAUGAUGUAAUCUUCCUCUUCACUGACUUCCAGAUAAAGUGAAAGUUAGUGACACUUGUUAGGGUGUAGGUUUUUAUAUGGGUCCAUGUCCAAAGAAGCUGAAACUAGGUCACUUCACUUAGAUAUCAGAUGGUCACAACUUUUGGUGGUUGCUCAGUUGGACUGACUUCAAACUAGUGACACAGCUGUGUGAGAUUCCAUUUCCUAUUGAUCCCUGUGGUCUUCCUAUGAAAAGUUUUUAGAAUUAUGUGCCUCCAAAAUUAGGGUGAAAAUGAAAAAAAUGUUGCUGUAGUAUAUUUUAUACUCUGUUUUGUCGUAUCUCAUCCAGUUACUGAAGGCUACCAGGGUCACAAUGCUUCAGCUCACUUUCUCACACGUUAAAGAAAGAAGCACAGCCAUUUCAUCCUGCAACCAGUGUGUGCCACUGUUUGUGUUUAGUGCCCAGAGACCCCCCCAGUUAUAAUAGUAAUGAUUGAGUUCUGUACAGCAUAAAAGAAUCUAGACCUUCCACAAUCUAAACUAGUUUCCCAUUUAUUUCUGAAUCCUUUUCAAGCUGCCUUUUUUUUGCUUUUUGAUACCUUAUGGUUUGCUCCAACCUACAUGCUGUAUAUGUCUGCCAUCCUCCUGGUUCCUUCCUAUUGCCUAGCACCAGUGUCCUCUUUGUCCUUUCACACCGUCUGACCACUGUUGAAAUAGUCAUCACUUGAAGUCUCUCUCUGGUGGAGCAUCCUUCUGUUUUUUAUCUAACAAGCCAUACAUCUCACACUUUCAUUCCACUAUGAGUUGAUCCUCAUGAAUGUGAUUCUGCUCAUGUAUGCACGUGAACUUAGCUAAAUUGCUCUGUUUUGUAUCCAACAGUUCUGCAAAUGAAUUUUGCUAAUCUGAGACACCAAGAAUGGUUACCUUGUUUUUUCCAGAAAACUUUUCCCAACUUCUAAGGAAAAAGGUAAAUUUUUCUUUCUUUAAGGUGCUCUUUUGUUAGAUGUUGGAUGACGAAGGACUUAAGACAGAAAAAUACAAAGCUAUAACUCAUUGAAAAUGUUGAUUUAAAAGAAAAUGAUACCCCACAACUUCAAUAGUUUUCCUAACAGGAAGAGAAAGUCCAAGAAAUUGUAACUUGUCUUUGUCUCACAAGCCAUGUACAAAAGACCUCCAGUGAGAAUUUCUUUUAAAUAACUCUUAAAGCCAGGGUUAUAGAAAUUGAGUCACAGAAGGGGAGUAAAAUUAACAAGUGAAAACUUGGUUUAAAGAAUCUGGGAGAAAACAUAGUUGAUGUUGAAGAAUGACAUUUUGAAAUCUUUUCAGUAUUUAAACAUUUUAAUCUUUAAUGAACAAAUUUAUCCUCUAAGAUCUUAUAUGUACAGCAUGAGCAACAUCAGAGGAAGCCUCCUUGUACAGAUCUGCCAGUAUAUCUUAACUUUGUUGUGAAGGAUCCACUCCUAGAGGUGAAGUGGUAGCUUAAUCUUCAUAGAUUGGCCUUUUGCAUCUUUACUCUGGUUGCAAACAAUAAUGUUCCUCUAGUCAGUUGUGGUGUUGGUUUUGUAACAUGGAUAUUUGUCCUUGAGGCAAAGCACGUCAAAAAGCCAUCAGAUCACAAAGAAUUUUCAUUCUCCGCUGAUAUGGCCCUGAUGUGACCUGGAAGUGAAAUGUCACACAGUUUAUUACCAGUUCCCUGACCCUUCUAAUCCCACUAAGGAUCUAAUAAAAAUUUAUUCCAAAACCUCUUGUUAAUUUGCUUUUGUUUUCUUUAUAAUUAGCUCACUUGAUAUCAUUGACUGGGAUUUUUGGAUUUUCUCCUGCUUCGGCCACAAAGUGAUCACAGGAACUGGCAUAAGUUUCCAUCAGUACACCUCAUUUGCUGUAUUACUGAAGUGUCCAGGUGCAUUGAUUUUUUUUUCCACCUUCCGCCAUCAGCUACUGGCCACUGGAGAAGGUAGCAUAUUAGAUGUAACCCAGUACAGCAGAUCCUAUGUUACUCUUGUUAACCAGUUAAAUUACUGUGGUUAAAACAAAUGGAAUAAAUAGCACAGGAAUUUGAAGUUUCUUCAGAAAAUACUGGAGCUAAUUUAGAGAUCACUACCCUAGUUUUGGUUGAUAUUUAGUCUUCUGUUUCUUGAGUUGGAAUGAUGUUGAUUUUUACAGCAAGUGUGCUGCUGCUGUAGCAUCCCCAUUAUCAUCUUCACAUGCAGCUAUUUUAUUAAGACAAAGAAAGAUUUAUUUUAGAAAUUCUUCUGAAGAAAUUUCAAGAUCAAUAUGGUUUACUAGCUUUUCUUUGAAAAAUCAAACUGAUUAUCUGAUUUUGUGGAAAUUAGCUCUUUAAGCAUUGUGAACCCCUGGUAGGGCUUAUGCAUGUAUCUUCAUAGGAUUUUUAAUAUGCUCAGCAGGAUUGCUGCUCGGAUACUAUGUUUACUGGUGCUGUAUAAGUAUUAUAGAUCAUUUUUCAGCUUUUAUCCUUAAUGUCUUUUUCUGCAUCCUUCAUUUUAUUUUUAACCACAUUUUGAAUUUGUAUCCACCAAGUAUCAUGGAUUUUGCAUUUAUAAAUUUCACUUUAAUCGUUUAGACAUAAUUGUCAAGCAAACAUUUUGCAAGUCAUUUAUCUUUGUAUAUUUUCCCAAUAGAUAAUUGCUUUGAAAUUCAUGCUGUCUGAGCUUUUAGCAUUUAUUAGAUAAUCAGAAGUUAUUUGAAUGUUAACAUUGCAUUUUUUUCUUUUUUGUUCAGAUGAGUCAGGAUUUCAUUUUUUCCACUGGGCUUGUACUGCUGAGAGCCUAUUGAUGUCUUUGGAACUGCAUAUUACCUGAUCCUGUAUUACUUUGUUACUGACAAGGUCACAUGUUCCUGACUUCCACCGUACUCCAGUAGAGUAAUUCAGUUUUUUGCCUUUCUCUGACCAAGGUUGUGCAAGAUUAGCUGCACAGGUGUAUGAACAGUAUAUUACCCUUUCCUAUCAGCAGAUGGGGAGACACAAAAUUGAGGAAGUCAUUCUUCAGACAUGAUUUCUGUUUUAAGAAGAAAGUAUCUAUUGCAGCAAUUUCCCUCAUACUUCAGCCUUUUUGGAUCAUAUAUUGGAAAAAUGUUUCUCAUGAAGUCACUAAUAAUACUUCAUUUAUUCAAUCCAUUUUACAAAGACUAGUCCUCAGACCACCCCUUGUUGUAGGUUGCUGACUUGCAUGUGAAUUUUUGUUGGAAGCUUGUCAGCAAUUUUCUUAUAAAAAGUAGAUCUGUUUAUAUCACCAAAUCUAUUAAGAAAAAGGAGGACAUUAAACUAGAGGUAUAACCCCUCUUGAUAAGCAAUGGUAGGACUAUCUUUAACAGCUCACUUUGAAGUGGAUUUCACAUGUAAUAUUCAAUCAUUUGGAUGCUGCUGCUUUUCAGGUCUUGGAUGGGCAUCAAAGCAGUUCCUCCGUUUUAUCAGUAAAUGGUGACUCAUGCUUUUCAUAGACUUCCAUAGUGCCCUUCGAACUGUGAAGGAAGUGCUGUGAGAUUUCUCCAAAAUGUUUUCCUAAUCUUCAGCUAGAUGGAAGGUCUCUUUUCUCUGAGGCAAACUAAGACUUCUCUCUGUACAAUAAUUUGCUCUCUACAAUCUGUGAAACUUGUCUUCUCACUAAAGACCACAAAUUAUUCUUCAGUUUAUAUAGAAUUCUAUUUAAUAAAAAAUAUUUGAGCCAAA